ACGCUUUCUUUUUAGACAGCAAAGAACGUUGUUGUUCUUAUGUUUUAGAAUGAAACAUACUCACAAUAGUCAGAAGGAGAAACUCUUCUAUAAACAAAAUUUGUGACUGAGAAUUCCAGGCAGAUCACAUUCACACCUUUCUUACGCUGAAUCGUAUGCAAGUCAAUAGCCUCCAAGUUAGGAUGAAUAUAGUAGUUCAAAUUAACUCUUUUUUUCAAACGCUGGACUGUUCUCCAUUCUCACGUCUACUUUUUCCUUCUUUCUUUUUGGUUGCCAUGUACGUCAGUAAAUUGAUAACAAUGAAAUAUGAAUUGUUAUCUAGCGUAAUCACUGGGAAUAUAAGAUUCCAAGAUGCUUCUCCCUUUCUUGCCUUUUUUAACAUUGUUUCUCUCUUCUGUAUAACAAAUGAUGAAAUCCUUUUGUGUCUAUGUGUCAAAAUGAAUGGUAUCCGUAUUGUGCAUUAUAAUAACGAAGAAAAAAGGAUGAUAAGAAAAAUACUUUUCUUUUGAAUCAACUGUGUGCCUUCUUUUCUCCCUAUAUCAGUAAAAGAAAACAAGUUAGUUUUUACCAUUCGUGUAAUCGAUUUCGUAUUGCUUAUCAGCGUAAUUAUGGCUAGCAGUUCAAGAUGUCUAUUCAACCAAGAAACUUGUCAUCAAAAUUAUUUCUCAACUUCAGUUGGUCUCACGGAAGGUUUCAGUGAAUGUGGCGGAAAUGAAAUCGAAUGUCGUCACUUAUGUGAAAAUAGAUCAGAUUUUCCAUCGUUAAAAGCAGUGAAUUCUAAAAUGGAAUACUUAUUACCACAACAUGGAUGUUACGACCUUGGUCCAAUCAAUAUUUAUAAUUAUCAUGUCUGUGAAAAUCAUCUGAACAACAGAGGUGAUUUUCGUGUAAUCGAUAAACUACAUGCAUUUGCUAUUUGGAAAAAUGAUAAAAAGUCUUUUUUCGGUAAACUCAUGUGCACGUCAUGUAGGAAGGCUUUAGACAACCAGGAAAACAAUUACAUAACGAAUGAAAUAAAACAACAGUGUGAUCAAUUAUUUGAAUGGUUAUAUAAUUUUGAUGUCUUUCAUACACCAACAACAAUCUCAUCUAAAUCAAGUACAUCAAGUUAUAGUCCAACGAUUUACAGUGGGGCAGCUCGUGAUGAUCAAGAAGUUCUGAAGAACUUUCUGCGAAGUAUGAACCAUACAUAUGAAAUUCCCGUUACAUUUUCUUACAAUGGUUGUUCUUCAAAAAGUAAACAAAAUUUUUGCAGUUUCAUAAAGCAUAUUUUACAAUUCAUUGUGCAAAUCGUUGCUCCAAAUGAUUCAAAUCAGGUUUGGUCUGAUAUCGUUGAAACUUCGGCUGAUUCAUUGCAUGUUAGUAAUAUUCAUAUGGGUAAAGACUUUGAAAUAGUUAUGAGCGGCCUAGCUGAAUCGUAUGAAAACUGUGAUCAUUGA